UGUCAGCAUUCACCAUGAUGACUGCACGUUUCUUCUCAGGGGCCUCCCUCUUUGCUCUGCUGAUUGUGGACAUCUGCUGCCUUCCUGUUAAUAAGAAAGGCUUCAAUCCUGGUGCUGGGUCAAACAGUGGUCCCACUAAAGGCGUAGCACAGCCAUCUCAUCCGGCUGCACCACAGCCGGGGGCCAGUGUCCCUCAGCCUGCAGCACACAGCGGACCGGCACCGUCUGUUGGGUCUGGUUCUGCUUCUGGACCUUCUUUCUCAGGAUACAGGGAUGCUUCAGUGGGACCAAACCCUGCUGUCUCUACUGCUGCUCUUCAACCUGCUCCACACAAUUUCAAGUGGUUUGUUGCACCUCCCAGUUUCCCUUCUGAGCGUGAGGAAAUGCCCACUGCAGUACGCGCCGUUGCUUCCAGUAAACCUCAGCAUGUGAGUCCACCACGACCAGUGUACCAGGCUGGAGAGUUGUCCCACUAUGAGCACAACUUUGAGCAUGGCAACUAUGAGGGCGAGACUGAGGAACUUGGCUCACUUCCUCCUCCUCCUCCACCACCUUAUGCCAUGGAUGAAGAGCCUACUCCAGAAGGCUACACCAGUGAACCUCGGCCAGACCCCAACAUGGGUGCAGGUUAUUGGCUCCCUUAUCCUUACGACAUGAUGUUCCUGACUGGCCAGUAUCCUCCAGGCACAUACACUCACUCCAGCAGCAGCUACGAGCAGGGCAGAGACCACUGGCAAGACGAUCACUAUGUGAGAUACCACGAUCCCUACUCCGGUCCUGCACAGCAGAUGGUGAUCCCCACUGGUGACUCUGCAGCCCUUGAGAGCUAUGAGGAUCCCAACACACCUGUGAUGGCUGGUUACGGACAAGGUGGCUCCUAUGGAGGCUUUUGGGCAGCCAGGCCACAGCCAAGCUGUUGGUCACAGCGUGAAGGGUGGAUACUAAAAUGUGGAUCCCUACAGUGUGAACAGAUUUCUGAUUAAAUAAUUUGUCUAAUCCUA